CGCGCCAAAAGCGUCGCCAAGACCAAACCUUCUUGUUCUUUGACUUCUUUGUGAAAGGAAUCAAUUUUAUUUAAUCAACCUGGCAAUGGAUUCUCUUAUGAAAACAAUCACAGACACUGGAAAGGAUUCAUACUGUACUGAAGUGAUGAAACGCUUCGACAUUCAGCGAAGGAACGAGCUUUUCUGUGAUGUGAUUCUAGAAGUUGGCUCCGGUGACCAUCAAGCUCGUGUGAAAGCUCACAGAAACGUGUUAUGUGCAGCCAGUCCUUUCUUUUACAACGCUCUUAACAGUGACAUGAAAGAGAAGAAAGAAGGAGAGAUCCGAUUGGAAGAGAUGAGCAAAGCAUCGAUAGAUGAAGUCCUGGAUUAUCUGUACACAGGACAUGUGCAGGUUACCGAAGAGAAUGCAAACCAGUUGUUUGCACAAGCAGAUUAUUUUCUGAUCCCAAGUCUUAAAGCUUUGUCGGGAAAAUUUACGAAUUCUUCACUCGAGGCGAUUGUAGAUACGGCAGAGUAUCGUACUGAAGUGAUGAAAAGCCUUAACAUUCAGAGAAAGAACAGACAUUUCUGUGAUGUGAUUCUAGAAGUUGGGUCCGGUGACGAUCAAGCUCGUUUGAAAGCUCACAGAAACGUGUUAUGUGCAGCCAGUCCAUUCUUUUACACUGCUCUUAACAGUGAAAUGAAAGAGAAGAGAGAAGGAGUGAUCCGAUUGAAAGAGACCACCAAAACUGCAAUGGAGGAGAUCCUGGAGUUUCUGUACACAGGAUAUGUCGAGGUUACUGAGGAGAAUGCAUUCGAAUUGGUUACACAAGCAGAUUAUUUUCUGAUUCCAAGUCUCAAAGCUUUAUCCAGUAAAUUCAUUGUACAAACACUGAAUGUAUCUAACUGCUUCAUGGUUUACAACUUUGCCAUUAAGUACCAUGGGGAAGAAUUGAAGAAUGGAGUGAGGGAUUUCAUUCUUGCCAACCUUGUUGCUGUGUCUGCAACAGAAGACUUUCUGAAUGUGAGCGGCAAAGAAAUAGAAGAAUGGAUUUCAAGUGAUGAAGUCGUCGUUAAACAGGAGGAAGAAGUUUUUGAAGUGAUCGUAAAGUGGAUGGAGAAGAGUGUGAACAGACAAGAUCAAGACUUUUUGCAGUUGCUGCGUCAUGUUCGCUGUAUUUUUGUGUCCCGUAGCUAUGCGUUUGACGUCAUGUUGCAGCAUCCAUUAGUGAACACUAGUACAGCGUGUUCAGAGUUUGUAUUAGAUGCCAUGAAGGAGGUACCUAAUGAUCAUACAGAGCAGUGCUUUUUUUCUCAGUCACCAAGAAACUGUCUGAAAACCCAUGAAGGUGCCAUAGUUGCUAGUGCAGAAAAGGAGACAAUUUGUUACAUUCCUUCAGAAGACAAGUGGUAUGAGCUGGCUGAGAAGCUAUCCAGGCAUGACUGUUAUAACUAUGGUAUGAGCUCUCUUCACGGCAAGUUGUAUGUCCUUGGAGGAUGCAAGGAUCAAAAUGGCAACAUUGCAGAGUACUAUGAUCCAUCAAGUAACCUGUGGGCCCCUAUAAGCGCUCCUGGAAUUGCAAACCAUCGUAUAGCUGCGGUAACAGUGCAAGGCUUAUUGUAUGCUGUUGGCGGGAGAGACAAGAAUGAAACAGUGCUUGACACAGUACAAAGAUACAAUCCUGAUACAAAUCAGUGGCAAGAAGUCUCUCCCCUGAGUAGCCCCAGGUCGAAUGUGUGUGCAGUGGCUCACGGAAAUUAUUUGUAUGCCAUUGGAGGUAUGAGUGCACGUUUUGAGUACCUGGACAUUGUUGAAAGGUUUGAUCCCAGAAAGAAUGUCUGGGAAAAUCUUCCUUCACUUCUCACAGAGAGGUCAUUUGCUUCUGGCACGGCCAUCAGAGGAAAAGUGUUUGUGUUUGGAGGCCUUCGCCCAUUUUUUCCAGAUGGAGAUCCAUGUGAAGUGUAUGAUCCAGAAACCAACAUGUGGAGUGGUAUUGCUAGUGAUGUUGCACCUCGCAGCUAUGCAAGUGCUGCGAAUUUUAUUAACGGGCAAAUAUUUGUUAACGGCAUUGUUGGAAAUACAUUACGCGGAAGAAGAAGGGUCCUUCAGUUCAGUAUUGGAAAAUGGCUGAAUAUUGGUGUCUGCUUAAGGUUUGGGUUAACGGAGGUGUCCACUGAAUGCAGGGUUAUUUUACAGCACACAGAGCAUCCAGCUGUUCAUGGGAAUGUAGUUUGCUAUGUGUUUUUUUUUCCAAAGCUGGGUUGCCUGUGGAAGAAGCCAAAUUUUUCCCCUGCAUCAGUGGCUUCAAGAUCUCCCUCAUCUGAGUCAUCGCCUCUGUCGGUGGAAGUGUCCAAGCUUCCAGAUAAUGGUGACUAUGUGUAG